UUAAAAUGGCCGUCUAUUUUUAACAUUUUACAAUGUUUUUUAAUAUAGAGUAAAAUAAGUCAAAACAGGGCUUACAAUUGUGAUACAGUUUUAUUACGGUGCCUUUGAAUUAUAUUAUACUAUUAUAUAUUGAAUUUACUUUCCGUGCUGUACACUGUCUACCUAGUUAUAAUAAAAAGUUUAUGAGAAUUUUGGAACAAUGAUAACUGAUCAGCUGCAUUUACCUUUAAUAGUAUGGUGCUAAAAGAAUACUCUUCGAGUUAGUUCUUGAAUUAAGUAUUCUAAAGAGAUAUAAUGGCUGCGUCCCCGACUGACAUAGAAGAGUUCUUGGGAGGCCCUUUGGUUAAAUGGCUUUCUACUUGUGUAAAGAAACCAGAUUGUUUACAAGUCUACGAGACAUUCUUUGAUGGCACAGCCAUUAAUGAGGUUUUGCUUCAAAUUGAUCCCGAACCAUCUCUUCCAGUCCCCACAACGGCCAAUCUACAGGGCUUGCAUAUUACGGCAGCAAGAACAAAGGUAUUUCACUGUAUUAUAAGGAACAUAAAAAGUAUUUAUGAAGAGGAACUAGGACAAGUUAUUAUUAGUCUCCCAGAUUGUGUUACUUUAGGUAGAACUCCAGCUUCUCAAACUGCAUUGGAACAGUUAAAAUUAUUAAUAUUGUUGUUAUUGGGGUGUGCAGUACAAGGCCCUACAAAAGAAUCAUUUAUAGCUAGAAUUAAAGAGUUGGAUUUGGAAGUGCAACACAAUAUAGUGGAGUGUAUUAAGCAGGUAACAGAUGGGCAAAACUUGGUGCUUACUGGAGAUUGCUCUAAUCAUUCCACUCAGAACUUGUAUUUGCACGUUCGAUCUCUAACUACAGAACGAGACAAGCUACUACAACAAUGGGUGAUUGACUUGGGCCAAGAGAAUAACGGCAACAUAGUAAAAAAUGGAACAGAAGAGGUAGAAUCAAAUCAUUGGGCAGUUGAACUUGCCGACUGGAAAGCCAAACUUAGAAAACAGAGACAAGAAUUGGAAGAGAAAACUGAAAUUUUGACAGAAUAUAAAGAGGAACUUGAACAUGCCAAUAAUUUAGUAACCAAACUAAAAGCAGAAAACAGCGACUUACUGACAGAAGCCAGGAAGGCUAAGGCGUACAGAGAUGAGGUGGAUGCAAUAAGGGAACGAGCAGAAAGGGCCGACAGGCUAGAGUUGGAGGUGCAAAGAUAUAGAGAAAGACUUGCAGAUGCAGAAUUUUAUAAAGUUAGGGUGGACGAACUCAGGGAAGAUAAUAGGGUGUUGUUAGAGACCAGGGAAAUAUUAGAGGCGCAAUUAGUUAAGAUUAGACAAAGAGCAGAUCAAGUGUUGGAACUGGAGGCAGAAUUGUUAGCUUGCAAACAAAAUACAAACGACCUUAUACUGGAAAGAGAUGCAGCUAGGGAAAAGAUUCAAGAAUUGGUGGAGGAAAAUUUGCAGUUACAGCAAAUAACCAAGUCAGCAUUACAGGAUACAAGUUUAGGCAACAUCACUACUGAUUCAGAUCAAGAGGAAUCGAAUUCAGGCGAUAACAGUCUCUCUGAACAAUUGACCAACAAUGCUCAAGCAAGAGCCUUGAAAUUGGAAUUGGAAAACAAAAGGCUGCUGACUACCAUCGAGUCCUUGAAGGAGAACAAUUUUCGCGAAACGUCGGGCAAAAUUCUCGACCUCGAAAAGGAAAAGAAAAAACUGAGCCUGAAAUGCGAACAGCUGCAGGAAAACGGCGACCGACUGGCGCAACAAAACUCCGAGCUGGAGAGCCUGUUCAAGAACGCAAUCGUCGAAAACAAGAAGCUGCAGGCCAACCUGGACUCUCAAAAACUGGUCCUGGACAGACAGAACCAAGAGGUCCAGAACGAAAAGACGAAAAUCGGCGACCUGGAGAAGACCAUCGACGGUUUGUCCAAGGAGAAGCAGCGGGUCCAAGCGCUGUGCGACGCCGUUAAAAAACGGGCGGACGACGCGGAAAAAUGCCUGAACCAAACCAUGGAGGAGGUGCGGGCCUUGCAGCGGGCCGCGGAGGAGGGAAGAAAGGCCGAAAUCGCCGAGAAGGAACUGCAGGAGCGGGUGGCGGUGCUGGAAAAGGAGAACGCCGGCCUGCAGAAGGAGGCGGUCAAGUUGAAGGAGGCGGUCGAGGCCAAGGACGUUCUGUUAGACGUGAAUAUCGGAGAAAAGGAGAAGAAAGAGAAGGAAAUGCAGCGGCUGCAGCAACGGAACGUCGCUCUGGCAGAGCAGCUGGAAAAACUGCAGGAGUUCGAGAAGAAAUCGGCCGAGCUGGUCUCCAGGGCUUCGGUGGACGCCGACACUAUCAGCGCGCUGCAAAGGGAUCUCGUUAGGGAAACCGUCGGAAACGAAAAACUAAAAUCCAAUCUGGAAAAACUGGGACUAAGUUUGGACGUUCUGGAUGGCGACGUGAACCUUAUAGUAGCCAGGUUGCUCGAUAACGAAAACGUUUCGAAAUGCGUUUAUUCCAUCAUCAAGGAAAACAAAUGUAUAGGCGAGACCGCUUGCAAGACCUGCGAAGGAAACGUCUUGAAACAGACGGAGGAAGUGGUCAAGUCCGUCGUCGAGGAAUGGCGGCAACGUUGCGAGAAACUGCAGGCCGACGUUGCCGCGUCGCAGUCGCUGAAGGAGGCGCUCCAGAACGAGAACGCCACGCUCAAGGUCGACGUUUCCACGCUCAAGUCGCACGUGCACACAUUGCAAACGCAACAAACCGCUCUGCAGCUGGCCAACAGCCAACUGGUGGCGGAAAAAGAGGAGCUGUCGAAGAGACAACGGCUGCAAACCGACCAGCAGGGCGCCCUCCUUUCGGACCAGGCCACCCUGCGCUCCCUGCACGACCAGCUGGGCCGCGAGUACGAAGAACUGAAGACGGAACGGGAGAGCCUGAAGAGGACCAACAGGGACCUCCGGUCGGAGAUCAGGAGCCUUAAGGAGACCAACGACGGCCUGGAAGUAAGGAUUUCCAACGUGGAAAUGGAGAAGGAGAACUUGCGGGCCGACGCCAGGAAUCUGAACAACCUCAGGGCGGAACACUCGAAACUGAAGGACGAUUUUCGAAACUUGUUCACCGCGAGCGAACGGCUCAAGGUCGAGUACAGGAAUCUGCAGGACGAGCUGAAGAACCUGAGGCUGGAGUCGCGAAACCUGCGCCUUAGGGAGACGGAAAUCCAGGACGAACUCAGCACCAGGUCGGACAAGGCGGCCGGACUGCAGCUGGACAACGCCAAGUUACAACAGAAAUGUGAUAUGUUGUUCGAGAUGAACAACUCGUUGGACGCGGACAGGCGGGCCCUCAUGGACCACGUCUCUCAGUUGCUGACCCAGUACCAUUCUUUGCUGACCCAUUCCCUAGAGGACAAGCAGCAUUACCAUUUAGAAGAGAAAUUGUUUACCGACAAGGUGAACAACUUGUGCAGGCAGAAGGAGAAGCUCGAGGAGAAAAUUAUGGAGCAUUACCGAAAGCUGGACAAUGCGUCGGCGAAAAAGAGAGGUUUUUCGACGUUUGUGAGCAGAGUGAGGAAGGCCAGUUCGGACAUAAUAAACAAAGUACCUAGCAGAAACCGAAGAUCGUGGCACGAAGACAGCGCCCGUUUAACCCAAUCCCAGUUCACUUUGGCAGGACCGGGCUCUGGCGAAUCGGAUAAUAGGGACUCUGACAAUAGCGCCGAAGAACCGGCAGGGAAACAGGUUCCUUUAGAACCCUUUAAAAGGAACACUAUAGGAACUGGUAGCUUACAUGGGCACAAGCCCAGGGACGAAGUAGCGCUGCGCAGAUCGCACAGGGACCUUGGCGCGCACAGGACCAGCAUAGCCAGCGACGGCGUGUUUGGCCGCGAACCCGGAAGUCCCCUCAGCCUGGGCUCGGUGGGAUCCCGUAGGACGGUUUACUUGUCCGAAGAGGACGCGGCGCCUGUGUCAUCGUCCCCUCCGGCGCCUCCACCUGUACAGCCCCUGGCCCCCUUGUUGGUCUACAACAGAAUUUCCACCGUUAUUGGUGGAGACGCUACGCAGUCCCAGCCGAAGCUACCCCCCAGUCCGCAAGUGACUUCGCCCCCCAACAACGACGAGGGCGUCACUAACGGCGAGAAGAGGGACAAGAAUUCCAAAGAGACGGCCAUCUGGUACGAGUACGGGUGCGUUUGACUCGAACCCGUGGCCUCAACCCGUUCUUCCUCAAGACACACCCCAGCUUUAACUAUUUAUUACACGCAACGAUUAAUUUUAUUAUGCUUUUCAUUUACGGAUCACGAUUAAUUUAUUCCUUGUUAAUAAUAGGAUUAUUGGUUAUUGCCAGAGCUACUUAAAGACUAACAAUAAGCACUUAGCUCUAUCGAAAUCGGUCUUCCUUAAGUACGAACGCGCUUUUUUCCAGAAAAAAUAAAAACCGGAAUUUUUCCUGGCGUAAUAAGUAUAAAGACUCGUAGAAAGGUGCCUUCAUACCGGCUGCGCCGCGCAAAACAUU